CAUGAAUUCAAAUGGAACCAGCAGGAACACAGACCGAGUAUACGCUUUUAAAUGAAAAUGUGCCAUUUCAUGUAGUUUCUCGUCACCUUUCAACGUUUCUAACGCGGAAUGUUUUUCGUUUUUAAACCGCUUUCGGUGGGGAUGGAGGUACAAGAGAGUCGUUUUUAAGCUAAAACCGAUUUUAAGCCAAGGGGGAGGGAGGAGAGUUGCCUCUUUUUGCUAUUCUUUUUUUCUAUUUUAAUAACACAUUCCUCCUCUAUUUUUACAUGUAAUCUAUUCCCUCACAGCCUCGUCGACGGUUGAGGCCGUUCUUUUUUUAUCUUCCAAUUCGGGCUGAACGCGGGAGGCGCGAGCGAUCGAAUGGGGCUGUUGAAUUCCAUUCCCCCACCGAUUGUUUAAAAAUAAUUCCGUUCACAUUCGACUCGAAUUCGGAUAAACGUUCUUUUUCUUUUUCCAUGGAAAGCCCGAUGAUGGGAUGUUCGAGCGCGCAGUGAAAGGAUGAGUUCUUGUUUCGUACCGAACGGGGCCAGCUUGGAGGACUGCCAUUCCAAUCUAUUCUAUCUGGCUGAUUUGACAGGGAUAAAAUGGAAGAGGUACGUGUGGCAAGGUCCGACCUCGGCGCCCAUCCUGUUCCCGGUCACCGAGGAGGACCCCAUCCUCUGCAGCUUCAGCCGUUGUCUGAAGGCGGAUGUGCUGAGCGUGUGGAGGCGGAGCCAGAGGCAGGGACGCCGGGAGCUCUGGCUCUUCUGGUGGGGCGACGAUCCCAACUUCUCUGAGCUCAUCCACCACGAACUGACAGGCGAGGAUGACGGCGUGUGGGAGAGCAGUCUGUCCUACGAAUGUCGAACUCUUCUCUUCAAGGCCAUUCACAACCUGCUGGAGCGCUGUCUGAUGAACCGUAGUUUCGUGCGCAUCGGAAAAUGGUUUGUCAAACCCUACGAAAAGGACGAGAAGCCCAUUAACAAGAGAGAACACCUGUCUUGCUCUUUCACGUUCUUCCUGCAUGGAGACAGUAAUGUGUGCACCAGCGUGGAGAUCAACCAGCACCAGCCCGUGUACCACCUGAACGAGGAGCACCUGACACUGGCCCAGCAGGCCUCCAGCCCAUUCCAAGUGAUUCUGAGUCCAUUUGGACUGAACGGGACAUUGACCGGUCAGUCCUUCAAGCUGUCCGACCCUCCGACACAGAAGCUCAUUGAAGAAUGGAACCAGUUCUAUCCCAUCAGCCCGACAUCCAAGGAGAGCACAGAGGACAAAAUGGAGGACAUUGACUGGGAGGACGACUCCCUGUCAGCAGUGGAAGUGCUUGUUGGUGGUGUGCGCAUGGUGUAUCCUGCAUGCCUGGUGUUAGUCCCGCAGUCAGACAUCCCCACUGUCACACCUACGGGGUCCUCGCACUGCACUGCUGUCUAUUCAAAUGGCCAUCAAGUGCCUGCUUCAAACCGUGACCCCGCCAUCUCUUCAGUGACCCUGACUCCUCCCACCUCACCUGAGGAGACUCAGACAGUUCACUCUCACUUGGCACAGAAGUGGAUGCGGUUGCCGGUGGCGAUGGAUGGAUUCAGUGUUGACAGCACCAGUCAUCACGGUGGCAAGAUUCCACGCAGUAUGGCAAGUCAGGUGGUUGAGAGCGUUUGGCAGGAGUGCAACGUCAACCGAGCUCAGAACAAACGGAAAUUCUCUGCCACAGCCUCCAAUGGGACCAGCGAGGAGGAGACGCUGAUGAAAGUGGGCACCUGGGACUUUGUCGACUCCACACAGAGAUCAAGCUGCAAAUGUUCAAGGCACAAAACCCUAAAGCAGAGAGCAAGCAGCACGCCUGGUCAGCCUCCCACCGCCGGUCAGCCGCAGCAGCUGCCCAUCAAGCACAAAGCCGGGGAGAAGCCCGAAAAAGGUGACAAGCAGCAGAAACGCCCACAGAUGCCCUUCCACCAUCGCAACUCAGUCUGUGAAGAUGUCUCAAUGGAAACCGACGCUUCUGCGGGUCAGCGCUUGGCUCUUAGAGGUCAAGAGGGUGGACGGUUUCCUGGGCUUCGCCCAUCUGAUGUGAGCACUGGCUCGAAACCUCCACAACUGCACAGCGGGGGUGGAGCUACCGUGGGCAACAGUGGCCCGACGGAGAUGGUCGGCUCUCCUCAGCCACCACCACUGAGCCCUCACCCUUGCGAACGUGGCGAGGAAGCCUCAGACGCCAUUAAAAACCCCUCCACACCACACAGCCAACAUUUUUACCCUCCUUCCGCAGAGCCAUGCCUCCUGCCCCAAAAAGGCCCAGAUGAUGCCCGUUUGGAGCCCCUCACUCAACCUUUUCCCCCUGCGUACCCCGAGCCCCUGGAGCCCACUCCGUACGUCAGUGCAGCAGUAAACCUGGAUGACGACGGGAGUCACGUGCCGUGGAGAUUCUUCAUCCUGCCCCGUAGGAAAGAUGCAGAGUUUCCCACGCCGUUACUACCAGGAGACAAACUCCGAGAAGAAGCGUCACUCGGAGCUGAAGGGAUUAUGUCUGUUACUGAGUUAAUGGUUGCCUCCAAAAGGCCGCUCAAGGUCUCAGACGAACGGAUCCAGACGUACCUGCAGCGACAGAACCUGCACCUGGCUGCAGCCAUCACAGAAGGCGACCACGAGCCUGAGGUCGACCCCUACGCUUUUGUUGACGGAGAUGUUAAGUUCACUUUCUCGGAUAAGAAAGACAAAGCUGGGGGAGAUAGAGAACCAGGGAAGAAACACAAGGGAGAAGAUGGCAGUGCUGCACUAUCAGAUGAUGCUCAGCGGGCUGCGGCCCAUAACCGGGCUGCUUCCACCAGCCUCAUACAUGAUUCAGACCUGGCAGUCUCCUUCAAAGACCUGGACAACCUAUUCAACUCAGAUGAGGACGAACAAACACCUGGAGCACGGAGAGCUGUAAAUGGAGCAGAUGAGAAGUUUGGCAGCAAGGAGUCGAAACCAGCCACAAUGGAUCCCUGUAUAAGCGCGGCUGAUCUACACCAGAUGUUCCCUACGCCUCCAUCUUUAGAGCAGCACAACAUGGGUUACUCUCCCAUGAACAAAGAGUAUGGCUGUAUGGAGCCUGGCUCUGGCCUUAACACUCUAGAUGGCCUUUCUGCUCUGGGUGGUCAGUUUAAAAUCGAGGUGGAGGAGAGUUUCUGCAGCCCCAAACCUUGUGAAAUCAAGGACUUCUCAUUUGUGUACAAGCCUGAGUUGUUUCAGCCGUUUGUGGGCUGUUCCAUGUUUGCCCCCCUGAAGUCUUUGCCCAGUCAGUGCCUGCCCCCUAUCAAACUGCCUGAUGAGUGUGUUUACAGGCCCAGCUGGACAGUGGGAAAACUGGAGCUACUCAACUCUGUACCUGCUAUGACCAUUUUCAGCAAGGAUGGUGAAAACAAUGCUAUGGAACAAGAGUAUAUCCAGACGUACACCCCUCAGACCCACACACCAUUCUUGUCUAACAGCGCUCCGCCCAGCAACAGCGGCACGAGCAUCCUCCCAUCCCCUGCCACGCCUCGCUUCUCAGCUCCCACCCCUCGUACCCCAAGGACCCCCCGGACCCCCAGAGGCCCAGCCAGUGUGCAAGGUUCCCUCAAAUAUGAGAACUCGGACUUGUACUCGCCGGCCUCGACGCCCUCCACCUGCAGGCCGCUCAACUCUGUGGAGCCUGCGACGGUUCCCUCCAUCCCCGAAGCCCACAGCCUAUACGUCAACCUCAUCCUGUCGGAGUCUGUCAUGAACCUGUUCAAGGACUGCAACUUCGACAGCUGCUGCAUCUGCGUCUGCAACAUGAACAUCAAAGGCGCCGACGUGGGCAUCUACAUCAGCGACCCCAACAUGGAGGCCCAGUAUCCCUGCGGGUGCGGCUUCAGCGCUGUUGUCAACCGGCGCUACGGUAAUGGCUCCGGCCUCUUCCUGGAAGACGAGCUGGAUAUCAUCGGACGGGGUUCGGACGUGAGCCAGGAGGCGGAGAAGCGCUUUGAGGCGAUACGGAGCACGUCGCUGGAGAAGACAGGGGGUGGAGGAAAGGAUCGAGUCCCGGACGAGCUUAUCUCUGUCCUGCAGGAUCAGUGCACUAAUCCCUUCUCCCCUACGCUGGCGUUGGACCCAGAGGGACUGUCUUCCCAAGGGCCAGGGGGCGCCACUGUACCACCAUGUGUGCGUGUGGAGGAAAGGGACUUCCACAACGACUGUUACCUGGCUCUAGAACACGGGCGGCAGUUCAUGGAUAACAUGUCCGGUGGGAAGGUGGACGAGACGCUGGUGAAGAGCACGUGUUUGCACCAUUGGGCCAAACGCAGCGCAGUGGAUGUGAGUGGGCUGUGCUCUCAGGAUGUGUUGAGAGUUCUCCUCUCUCUUCAGCCUGUUCUUCAGGAUGCCAUCCAGAAGAAGAGGACUGUUCGCUCAUGGGGAGUCCAGGGGCCUCUCACAUGGCAGCAGUUUCACAAGAUGGCUGGAAGAGGGUCUUAUGGCACUGAUGAGUCUCCGGAGCCGCUGCCCAUUCCUACCUUCUUGGUUGGGUAUGAGUAUGACUUUGUGGUGCUGUCUCCCUUCGGCCUGCCCUACUGGGAGAAGCUACUGCUGGAUCCCUUUGGCUCCCAGAGAGACGUGGGCUAUCUGGUCCUCUGCCCGGACAGUGAUGCUCUCCUCUCUGGAGCCAAGAGCUUCUUUAGAGAGUUGACAGCGGUCUACGAGUCUUGUAAGCUUGGUCAGCAUCGACCAAUCUCCAAAGUGCAUGCUGAUGGCAUUGUUAGGGUGGGUGGAGCAGCUGCCAAGAAGCUCUCAGAACAGCCAGUCAGUGAUUGGUUCCUGAAAGCAGCUAGUGGCAGCAGUGAUGCAUUUGCCAAGCUCAAACUGUUUGCCCAAGUCUGCAGACAUGACCUCGCUCCAUACCUCGCUACACAGUCAUUGGACAGCUCUCUUCUCAUUCAGUCAACCCCUGUCCCUUCUUCCACCCAAUCAUCUUCCUCGCAAUCCUCAGGCUCCGCCUCCAACUCCCAAACCUCAAUGGCCUCUGGAGGCUCCGCCCUCAACAACAACAGUGCUGCCAGCAACAGUGGCUCAGGCCUGCCAGACAACACCAAUAACACCCCCUCCUCCUCCUCCUCCUCAGGCCCUCAGGGCAGCAGCAUCCAGUCUGCCAAGCCCAGCUCGUUCCCUCCCUUUGGAAGCAUGGGAGUCCAAGGUAACAACUCCCAGUCUGGGGCUCUGGGCCAGCAGGCUGUCACCCAGAACUCAAGCCUCUCUGGAGACAAUUCAACCGUCAACAGCCAGACUCAGGGGCCAUCUGAACCACCAGAGAGCACUAUGGAGAGAGAAAAGGUCGGAGUUCCUACAGAUGGAGAUUCCCAUGCCAUCACGUACCCACCUGCCAUCAUGAUCUAUAUUGUGGACCCCUUCUCAUAUGAGGAGGCGGAGCCAGGGGCGUCACAAUCAAGCAUGUGGACGCUGGGACUCCUCCGCUGCUACCUGGAGAUGCUGCAGGCCCUUCCAGCUCACAUCCGCAACUCUGUGUUUGUACAGAUUGUCCCCUGUCAGUACUUGCUCCAGCCUGUGAGGAGUGAAGAGAGGUACCUCUACGCCCAGCACCUCAAGUCUCUGGCCUUCUCCGUCUUCACCCAGUGCAGAAGACCCCUCCCAACCUCCACCAAUGUGAAAUCACUGACGGGUUUCGGCCCCGGCCUCGCCCUCGACACUUCCCUCAGGAACCCAGAUAGACCGGAGUGUCUGCGAUUGUACACGCCACCCUUCAUCCUGGCCCCAACGAAAGACAAGCAAACUGAGCUGGGUGAGACUUUCGGAGAGGCGUCUCAGAAGUAUAACGUCCUGUUUGUGGGCUACUGCCUGUCACAUGAUCAAAGAUGGCUGUUGGCCACCUGUACGGACCUGUACGGAGAGCUGCUGGAAACCUGUAUCAUCAGCAUAGACGUACCCAACAGAGCAAGAAGGAAAAAGGGAUCUGCCCGGAAGCUGGGCCUACAAAAGCUUUGGGAUUGGUGUCUAGGUUUGGUUCAGAUGACAUCAUUGCCAUGGAGAGUGGUGAUUGGCCGGCUUGGACGAAUAGGGCAUGGAGAGUUGCGAGACUGGAGUAUUUUACUGAGCAAACGGAAUCUGCAGUCAGUGUCUCGGAGGCUGAAGGAGAAUUGCAAGCUGUGCGGGAUCUCAGCAGCUGACACUCCCAGCAUCCUUAGCGCCUGCCUGGUUGCCAUGGAACCCCAGGGCUCAUUUGUCAUCAUGCCAGGUAGAAUCACACUUCCUGUUACUCUCCGUAUGUUGUUUGUAGGGAUGGGCGAUAAGGGCUCAAUAAUAUAUCACGAUAUUUCUGCUAUUUAUUACGAUAACAAUAUCAAUGACGAUAAUUCUGUGCAAGUCAACAGCUCCAACUACCCACAUGAGAACAUUGACAUUGCCUUCAACCCUGGCAAUGAUGGAUCAGAUCCAAUGGGAGGCAUCUUUUACCUUCUGGAGCAGGAGAAUGACCUGGUUGAUCCUGACAUCAUAAAUAUCCUUCCUGCCUCACCCACCACGUCACCAGUCCACUCACCUGGAUCCCAGUACCCCCACGGAGGAGAUGGGAGCAAGGGUCAAAGUACAGACCGCAUGGAGUCUCAUGAAGAAGCUCCCAAUAUCCUCCAGCAGCCAUUAGCUCUGGGCUAUUUUGUGUCCACGGCUAAAGCAGGUCCACUGCCUGACUGGUUCUGGUCCGCGUGUCCUCAGGCACAGAGCCAGUGUCCCCUUUUCUUAAAGGCCUCUCUACACCUCCAUGUGUCUUCAGUGCAAUCGGAUGAACUUUUGCACAGCAAACACACUCACCCUCUGGACUCCAGUCAGACCUCUGAUGUUCUCAGAUUUGUGUUGGAGCAGUACAACGCCCUUUCCUGGCUGACCUGUGACCCUGCGACCCAGGACCGCCGCUCUUGCCUUCCCAUCCAUUUUGUGGUGCUCAAUCAAAUGUACAACUUCAUUAUGACCAUGUUGUAACACUCGCAGAGCAGAACUGAGAGCAGGACCUUAUCAGGGAACGAAAAGAGGAGAGUGAAGAAAAGGUGGAUCUGAAAACAACCCAACAGAUAACUACAGUGCUGGACUUUAUAUGUACGCGAGUUACAGCGGAGAUGAUCUGGGUAGGCCGUCACUACACCUGAGACCCAGCACUGUGGAGGAGAAUCAGGCGUCUGGUGUUUAUAACACUCACUCAAAGAGAAAAAUAGGAGAAAUAAAGGCCUUGGAUGAGUAAUCGGCAGCGUGGAGGCCAAAGAAGGAAGACGGAAGUGCUGACUGGUGGUGUUCUACAUCCCUGGAUCCACGGCUACUACGACGGUAGCUCCUCAGUUAGCAUGGAUUCGGCCAGUUCUAUAAUCGAUGUGUAUGGAGAAGUAACCUGUAUAGAUUCUGAUGGAAAGGGACUUUGAUGCUCUAUGAAAUGAGAGAAUGAAUUCUUGGUUUUAAGACCUCUAAUUCCCUGUUUCUUUUGGAUGGGAUUAUAUCCAAACGAAAUGCCUGCAUCUGUCUUAUUUAUUGUAAGUUUUUAAUGUAUAAUUUGUCUGAUUUCUUAACCUCUUUUAUAUAUAAAAGUUCUAGAAGGUUUGUAUCGCCUUCCUGCUUUAAAGCAAUUGGUCAAAAAUAUAUGUACUCGUCUUAAUUACAAAAACAAACCAACAAAAACCCACUAAAAAGAUGAAUAAAAUAAAGUUGCGGUAGGUUGCUUUUAGAGUAUUAUUUUUUGUAAGGGAGACAGAUUAUUUGUAUUGUCACGAUGUACAGAGGAGACCGGAUGGGGGUGUCUGUCCACGUCUUUGCGUGUGGACACAAUUACAGCUAAGCUUUAGCUGCACGGGACUUGUACAGCAAUGAAGUUCACUGUGUUUAAAAAUAAAGAGGUACAUUGUCGUAUAUUGUAUUUUAUACCACACAUUUAGACACAAAAACGAAAAACUGCAAUAUAUAAAUAAUUAUAUAUGAAUGCCGCUCCAGCCUUGGGUGGCACUGCUUCUGUUUUAGGAAUAAAAAGUCAACUUCAUGUUUUUCCUGUGCUUGUGUUUUUUGGGGGGAGGGACUGUGAUGUGAAAUCCAAAAUCCGAUUGUUGUGAAGGAGACUUGCGGCUUUGAUGAAGAUAACAAAGAUCUAAAAUAAUGCUUCUAGCCCCCCUUUAAAAGUUCAUCCAUUUCAUUUCACUUCACCUCGCCCUCCC